CAAAACACGAUGCUUACAAUUGCCGUCAUAUGGACAAUUUGUCGUCGGAAUGCUUAGAGAUAUGUACCUAGCGUCAGGCGGAGCGGUUCAAAGUGGCACUCUGCAAUGGACGUCGUAUCUGCAGCUGUUCUCGGAGGCGUACUCGCCAUUCUCGUUGUGUCGCUAAGUCUUGCGAGUGGAAGGCGCUCAGACUUACCUUCUGGACCGAAGGGCGAUUUCAUUGUGGGCAACUUGGGUGUAUUGCUCUCAAAGUACCAAUGGAUGAAGUUCUCUGAAUGGUCUAAAACAUUUGGCGAUAUCAUGUAUCUGACAGUCCUCGGGCGGCCAAUUGUCGUCCUAAAUAAGCUUGAGCAUGCGAGGGAACUCAUGGAGAAGCGUAGCGCGAUAUACUCUGAUAGGCCUCGGAUGGACUAUAUUGUCGAGAUGGUGAAAGUCCGCUCCGUCACAUUCAUGCCGUAUGGCGAUACAUGGAGGUUACACCGUCGACUCCUGCAACAGUAUCUCAAUCCUCGUGCAGUACUCGCAUUUCGUCCGCUACAGACAAGACUGGUCCGGGAUUUGGUCCAAGAUCUUUAUCUGGAACCGGAUGCCUUCUGGAGACAUAUCAAGCGCUUUGCCGCUUCUGCCGUCCUUUCAGCCACUUACGGAUAUCAGGUCGAACGUAGAGAUGACCCGUUAAUGAAGCUCAACGAAUUCUCGGAAAAUGCAGUAGCCAGAGCAGGCCCUCCAGGAACGACACUGGUGGAUCUGUUUCCUAUUCUGCAACAUGCACCUUCCUUUCUCCCGGGUUUAUCGUUCAAGGACUAUGCAUUAGAGGCGCGCGUCGCAUUAAAGGAGAUGCUGGACCGUCCAUAUGAGACGGUUAAGCAGCAACGGGACACAGGAACGGCAACGCCCUGCCUAUUAACUCAUAUGCUUGAUGAUUAUGAACAACAAGGAGCUGACGAUAAGCAGCGCGCGGAAGCAAUUAAAGAAGUCUGUGGGUCUAUGUAUCGAGCCGGCGUUGGUACCACUUCUGCGGUGCUAUAUACCUUCAUGUUGGCGAUGGUUCUAUAUCCACGCGUAGCAAGGAAAGCGCAAGAUGAUUUAGAUGCUGUCCUCAGAGGGGAACGCCUGCCAACCUUUGACGACCAGGAUUCUCUCCCCUAUAUUACUUGUAUUGCGAAAGAAUGUUUGCGAUGGGGCACCCCAUUUCCUCUUGGUAUUUCCCAUCGAGCAAUAGAAGAAGGUGAACUAGAAGGGAAGUACAUUCCAAAAGGUUCAAUGAUCAUCCCGAACGUAUGGCAGAUGAUGCAUGAUGAACGUAACUACAACAAUCCAAUGGAAUUCAAUCCUGACCGCUUCAUCGCGAAAACGGAUGACACGUUUUUGUCCUCCGUACCGGAUCCUGCUUUGGCUGUAUUUGGUUUUGGGAGGCGCAUCUGCCCAGGGCGUCACUUUGCAGAAGCGGACAUCUGGCUGGCUAUAGCUAGCAUUCUUACUGUGUUCGACAUUCGGCCUGCUGUGGACGAUAAGGGUUCGGAAAUCUUACCAAAGCCUGAGUUCACGUCUGGAUUGAAUAGUUGGCCGAUGGAGUUUAUGUGUCGAAUCAUUCCUCGCAACAAGAAAGCAGCUGUUCUCGCUAGGAAUGCACGGGAAUGAAAAUUCGCUCACAUAAUGAUAUUUAGGCUCUAUGUAACCUGCUGCAUGUAUCUAAACAGUCUACAUGUCCAAAACUUUUUACAUAAUGCAAAGAAGUUCACGUGUUCUUGAAGGAUGCAAGUAUGACGUGACUUUGUCUCGGACAAGUCACGACGAAGUGCGCCAAUCCCAUUCCAUUGGAUGGGU